UGGUGCCAUGUGGUACAUUACAACAGCAGAAGGACAAGAUGGACACAUUUCACUGUGUAACACAACGGGAUGAGCUGUGAUUUCAUGGACCUGCACUGCAGUCAAACAUAUUCAAUAACUGUAAUAGCGACGGACAGUUACUGUCAGAGUGUAAAUACCUCCGCUUUUGAAACUGAAACAGCUCCCUGUCCCCCUCAGAAUGUACAAGCUGAUUGUGCCGCUGUCACUGCCUUUGUAACAUGGGAGCCGAGUAACCUCACAGUGUGGUACACUGCAACAGCGGAGGGGAGUGAUGGACACACGGCCACCUGUACCACGUCUGAAACAAACUGUCUCAUCCCAGAUCUUCACUGCAGCCAAAUGUACAGCAUCUCCGUACUCGCAUUUGGUGAAACCUGCAGCAGCCUCCAAAGCUCCAGUUAUGAAAUUCAAACAGCACCUUGUGCUCCAGAUGAAAUCAUUGCCAAUGUGGACUGUAAUUCCAAUAGAGUGGUAAUUUCAUGGGGCCGGACUAAUGGAGCAAAAGAAUUUGAUGUGACUGCAGAAGGAAGUGAUGGCCAUACACACUCACACAACACAACAGAAACACGCUAUGAAAUGCUGGAUUUACAUUGUGGACAAUCCUAUAACAUAACCGUAACAACACUGAGUUAUAGCCGGCAUGGCAUUUCAAGUACUUCUGUCCAGAUCCAAACUGCUCCUUGCAUUCCGGAGAACCUAACAGCCGAGCUAAACUGCAGUUCAAAUACAGUAUCCUUCACAUGGGAUGACACUGAUGGAGCAAAAUUAUAUACUGUCACCGUUCAAGAUAAACAAAACGUAACAGCCUUAUUCAACACAAGUGAUACAAUGGCUGAAAUCCCACACCUGCAGUGUGGUGAAUAUUAUGCAAUCUCUGUUCUAGCAACAGACAACAUCUGCAACAGUCCUCAGAGUGCAAUGGUGAAUGUACAUGCAGGGCCUUGCACUCCACAGACCAUUGCUGUUCACAUUGACUGCGGUAUCCAUAGUGUACAGGCGUCAUGGGAACAGAAAGAUGGGAGUGAUUUCUACAUUGCAACUGCAAAAGCAAGUGAUGGGCAUACACAAUCAUGCAGUGCACAAGAGGCAGCCUGUGAAAUCUUUGACCUACACUGUGGGCAGUCAUACAACAUAACAAUAGUAGCAGUUAAUGAAAUGUCACCAUGUAUCCCAGAGAGUAUCACUGCUCAAGUGGACUGCGAUACCAAUGAUGUCUUAGUAUCAUGGGAGCAGAGUGAUGGGAGUGACUCUUACAUUGCUACUGCAGAAGCAAGUGGUGGACAUGAGCACCAAUGCAAUACAAUGGAGACAACCUGCAAAAUGAUUGACUUGCACUGUGGACACUCAUACAACGUAACAGUAAUAGCUGUUAAUGAUAUGUGCAACAGUUCAGAAAGUGUACAAGUCUCUAUUCAAACAGGACCAUGCACCUCAGGGAAUAUCUCUGCCUUUGUGGAUUGCGAUACUAACACUGCAAAAGUAUCAUGGGAGCCAAGCAGUGGGAGUGAUUUCUAUAUUGCAACUGCUUUGGGAAUCAACGAAGAAACCCACUCGUGCACUACAGAGGAUGUAACCUGUGAAAUUGUUGACCUGCAGUGUGGACAAUCAUACAAUGUAACAGUGGUAGCAGUUAAUGAAAUAUGCAACAGUUCAGAGAGUACAAUAAGCAGUUUUCAAGGAGUGCCAUGUAAUCCACAAUACCUUGAAGCGAAUGUGGACUGUGCAAACAACUCCAUGUGGCUUUCAUGGGGUCACAGCGAUACAGCAAUUUCAUAUAGGGCAGACGUCAGUGCUAGCAACGAAGACCUACUAUACUGUGACACAACGAACACAAGUUGUUACAUUCAGCAGCUGAGCUGUGCCACCAAGUACAAUGUGUCUGUUUAUGCUUCUGAUGGAGUUUGCACAAGUAUGAUUAAUGCUGCAUAUGAAGUUGGCACAGUUCCGUGUGUGCCAGAAGAUAUUGAAGCCAUAUUAGGUCCUGCCAGCAAUGGAGUACAAGAUAUCGAAGUCAACUGGAAGGACAGUCACUGUGCUGAAGAUUAUGAAGUAGAUAUAAAGGGCCAAAUUGAAGAAGAUCCUUUCUCCCUGUAUACACUGCGCUCAUAUUGGACAACCAGAAUGUUCUUCCAGUUCCCGGUUCCUUGCAGUUCCACAUAUAACAUUUCUGUUACAGCUAGAAAUUCAGCAGGAGUCAGCAGCCCAAGCAUUCCUUUAAGUGGUCAAACUGUUCCUUGCUCUCCAACCAACCUAAAUGCUACUGUGGAAAAUGGUACACUAUUUAUAUCUUGGAAGGAGUCAAUUUAUGCCACAGAAUAUAUUGUGUAUUCAGUUUCCAAUUUAGAAAGGAUUGAGAUUUGCAAAACACCAAAACUCUCGUGUGAAGCUUCAAAUUUUCAGAAUGAUAAAUUGAAAUUGUUGCUUCAAAUUCCGCUGGUGAAAGUGAAAUCACCACAGUCAAUUUUUUGUAAGGCUAUGCAUCCUCUUCAGAAGAAGUGUAUUAUGACAGAUGACCAUAUAUUGCAAGAAGGAUGAAGAGGAUACAGAGUAUGUUACAGCUGUAGUUUAAAAGGCUGCAAUAAAUUAUUAUAACAGUUGUAGCAAAGAAGUCAGUCUAUCUGGUGGUUCGGCUGGAACACAAAAUGCAGUCAGCAAAGAAAUCUACUGAAAGUAAUAAAUAUUUUAACACCACUAUAUGUGAAAUUGCCAAAAUCUGAUCUCACGUUGAUGUCAAAAAUCAUAUCCCAUUUUACUUAGUCAGCUACAUUAAAAUAUCUUUCUCAUUGACUGUUUACCAGCUAUGUCUAGUAAACAACUCAUCAUCUAGAAAAUUGUAAAAAUGUCUCAACCUGCAUGCUUGAUUGUUUAUCCCCUGGAAUUAUGAUUAUAACAUAACACCCCUCAGAAAAAGCAUGCUAAUGGAAUUUACAAGUCCUGUAGAUGUUAGAUUGUCUAUA